AUGUCCUGUAGGAUCUCUGCCACUGCUACUGAAGUCCUCCGCCACUGGACGCCUCCGCCGCUGGCUGUCUACGCUGGUGGCCGUCAUCGCUGCUCACCGUCUUCACUGCUCACUGGUCCACGGUUGCCACUGAACUACUGCAAAUCGAUAGCUGGGUCCGAUUACCACUGGUGGGGUCCACACUCAGAUCGAAGCGCAGCAACGUUAAAGAGUAAAAAGGAGCACAUGGAGCCACCGUUUCCGCCGGAAGUGUCGCCCUUUACGCCCAUCUGGGGCCAGGAAAAUCCGUCGCCUAUGGUGCACUAUCCGGAGCUGAUGGCCGCCGGCUUUCCCUGUGCGGAUUUAGCUAUUUGGCCUCGGCAGCAAGUGGGCGGCUUGGUAGCUCAACGGCUGUCCCCUCGGGGAGCUCAAUCAGCGCCAUCAUCCUCGAACAAGAAAACCCGCCGAAGAGUGGCCACGAUGGCCCAGCGACGGGCAGCCAACAUUCGCGAACGCCGACGGAUGUUCAACCUGAACGAAGCCUUCGACAAAUUAAGGCGGAAGGUGCCCACAUUCGCUUAUGAGAAACGCCUGUCCCGAAUCGAAACCCUGCGCCUCGCCAUCACCUACAUCGGCUUCAUGACCGAGCUGCUGAGUGGGGUUUCGCAUGAUGGCCGAUCGCCGGAACUUUAUCCCAAUUUGGUGCAUCCCCAUCACGCCAAUCACUUGCAUCCAUCGUUUCAUCAUCAGCGGGAUUAUAUAUCACCCUAUGGCCCGCACACGGGUUAACGGUGAUGAUGAUGAUGGCAUUUUUGGCUGUUCAUUUCUGUACAUUUCAUUCUAGUCAGAAAUUAAUUGUGAUUGUACUUGAAUGUUAUUAAAUUCCUAUCUAGCGCUACGUGUUUAGUUAUGUAUUUUUCUGUAAAUAAUUCAAAAUAAUA